AAUCGAAUCUCAGGUGAGAUUGUCAAAGCUUUUCUGUCUGAAAUUGGAGUGCGAAGCCGGAAUCUAGGGUUUCGAGAGAAUGGGCGGAGGACAUGGCGGAGGUAUAACUUACAAGGGAGUCACUGUGCACACUCCCAAGACGUGGCACACCGUCACCGGAAAGGGCUUGUGCGCCGUUAUGUGGUUCUGGAUUCUGUACAGAGCAAAGCAAGAUGGUCCUGUAGUGAUGGGAUGGAGGCAUCCGUGGGAUGGCCAUGGUGAUCAUGGUCACGGGGAUCAUCACUAGGUCUCAUCGAACCUUUGAAGAUCAUGACGAAAAAUGGAUCGUCUCUCUUUUAUUUUCAGCUUCAUAUUUCGAAAUAAAGAGAACUGUGAAGAAGUCGUGAAAUUGUUUUUGUAUACAACUCUGUAAGCUUGCUACUGCUGUUUUUUAGCUGCUACUUCGUUUGUUCUUCUUGCUGAUAAUAUUGUUGUUUCUGUCUACAAAUGAAUUUGAAAUAACAUCCAUUGCGAGACUCGUGGUGUUA